UAAACACUAGAACAUAAAGGUGCAGUGUGCCAGUCUACUCAUUCCACUCAUUCUGCUGGUGAGACUGCAGUUGAAAUGAAAACAGCUGUGACAAACAUCAUCAUCAUCCUGGGGGUCGUUUCAGGUUUAACGAGUGGAACUGGUCUCUUACCAGAUGAUGUACAGACUAAAGCUGUUGGAGGAACAGUGACGUUCAUCACAUCUGUAUCUCCAUCAGAAAAACCACCUUUAACUGUGACUUGGGACUUUACCAAUAACAAUGGUAAUGUAACUAAUAUAAUAACCAGUGUAUCAAACUACACUGCACCACAGUACGUAGACAGGAUCACUUUCUUUAAUUCUACUGGAUCUCUGGAGCUCAGGAAUCUGGCUCUUACUGACAGUGGACAAUACCAAGUUACCGCUGUACUAACUGGACAACCACAGACCACAGGACAAACUACACUAAAUGUACUUGUUCCAGUGUCCAGUGUAACAGUAAACGUCAGCAGCACAGACUUGGUGGAGUUCAACAGCUUUGUCAGUCUGUCCUGCUCCUCCUCUGGGUCCUCGCUCUCCUUCCUCUGGCUGAACGGCAGCUCUGUGGUUACAGCCACUGACAGAGUUCAGCUACUGAAUCUGAACCGUACGAUCACUAUAGUCAAUGUGAGCCGCUACGACCAGGGACCGUUCAGCUGUAUAGUGUCCAAUGCUGUCAGCAGUGGAACCAGUGAGCCAGUGAAACUCUCCAUCAGUUAUGGACCAGAAAAUAUGAAUUUGAAAACAUCCCCUACUCAGAAUUACUACGUGAAAGGGUCAAACAUCAGCUUGUCCUGCUCAGCUGACUCCAGUCCUGCUGCCCAGUUCACAUGGUUUCUGAACAGAACCCAGCUGAAUGAUACUGGACCAGAACUCUCACUGACCAACAUUCAGACGAGUCAGAGUGGAGACUACAGCUGUCAGGCCUUUAACACCAAGACUCUGAGAUAUCAGACAUCUCAGCCCUCACCUCUUACUGUACUGGUUUCAGAUAAUUCUGAAGAGUGCGGACGUCUUUCACCUGCUGCCAUUACAAGAAUAGUGAUUGCGUGUGUCCUGGUGUUUGGAGGAGUUUUAGCUGGAGGACUUUGUAUUUGUGUAAUUGAGAGCAAAUUACUUUACUUCAGUAGAAGCGAAAGCAGCGCUCAACCACAUAAAACAGAACACAGAGACCCUGUGUAUGAGAACAAUCAUGUGGCUCCUCAGGCUUUGUCUCUCGCUCCAGGAACACGUGGUUAAAUGGAGACUGUUCUGUGUUGAACUGGUGACGUGACCAGACUGAACUGUUCCACCUCCAACAGGAAACAAUGCUCCUGUUAACAGCAGUACCUAACAUAUCUGAAUGUGCUCCAACCAGAUAAUUAGUCCCUUGUCUUUUAAAAUGAGGAACAUCACAGCAGGACGUGAACUGCUACAGUAUGAACUGUUACAGAACUAAUGUUCUUCUUUCCUUUGCAGCUGUGGAGCUGAUUAUUAAUAAUCAUGCUUACUACAUGUAUGUUACAGUGCAUACAUAGUUUGGACACAUUUUUUUAUUAAUUCAUUCUGGCUUUUCAGAUUCUUUGAUUUAUGAUUGAUGAUUUAGUUUCUGAAUUAUUGAUUAAUUGAUUCAUAUGUAAGUAACAAGUAUUAUUGUUAUUAUUGUAUUUGGAUCCAUACUAAUGGUUAUUACACCCACAGUAGCUAUUGUACUGGGUGUAUUUAAGUCAACCACUGAGGCUGAAAUAUGAAUUACAAAUAAUAAAGCUAGAAGCAGAUCCUGCAAAGUGGAUAAACAACAACAUCUAAACCAGAAAGUUAAACUCCAAGUCCAAGUCCUUCCACAUCAAAUAAGCUGUUCUGCUUUAUUAUAUAUUUUUAAAAUAUCAGUGCAAAUAACCUGCUUAUUAUAAAUCACUGUGUAGUACAUGUAUUGUAAUAUUCACACACGUGUAAACUGACUGUACUGUACGUGUAAUGCAAAUAUGGCAAGAAUGUGCUCAGUGUGUGUAGUGAUAUUAACAGAUAAAGCCUCUUCAUUCUGUUCAACAGUGUGUUUAAACAAUUUCAGUAGAACACACAAUGAGGAAACGUUACAUUACUGCUGAAGCGGCUGCUAAUUCAUAUUGUAGCUAGAGAGUCAGUACAAACACAAGAUUAAGGAGAAAUGAAGAAACUAAAC